AUGAAGAGAUUCGUCGGGCUGAAUGUCAAGGUUGGACGAUUACUCACAAAGAUGCAAGAUGAUGCCAUUGAUUAUCCCUGCGCCAUCGCACAACUUCUGUCCAAUGACCCACCCCUUGCAGCCGAACUCCGGCGUUGCUGGACACAGCUUUGGUCCAUCAAUGCACGUCACAUUUGGCGCAUGCCGCAGAUUAUGCAGCUUCCUGGUUACAGUGGGCCAAAGAGUCCUGGCACUCGUGUAGGUCUGGUUGAUGUUGAUAGAGAGGACGGAGAUGGAGAUGACACAGAGCUUGGGCAACAGUUGGAAGACGUACAAGCUUACAUUGAGGGACUAGAUCAUCACCGUGUGGACUUAGAACUUGCAGAAUAG